AUGAAAAUGCUGCCUGGAGUGGGCGUUUUUGGGACUGGCAGCACUGCCCGGGUACUGGUACCUUUGUUGAGAGCAGAGGGUUUCUCUAUCGAAGCACUUUGGGGGAAGACUGAAGAGGAAGCAAAGCAGCUAGCAGAGGAAAUGAACAUUGAGUUCUACACAAGUCGGACUGAUGAUGUCUUGCUGCACCAGGAUGUAGAUUUGGUUUGCAUCAACAUCCCUCCACCGCUAACCCGGCAAAUUGCUGUGAAAGCUCUAGGUAUUGGGAAGAAUGUAAUCUGUGAGAAAUCUGCUACCUCUGUGGAUGCCUUCAGAAUGGUUACAGCUGCCAGAUAUUACCCCAAGCUGAUGAGCAUUGUUGGUAAUGUCCUCCGUUUCCUGCCUGCCUUUGUCAAAAUGAAGCAGUUAAUAGAAGAACACUACAUAGGCAAUGUGAUGAUCUGUGAUGUGCGAGUGUACUGGGGAAGCCUGCUCAACCACAAGUACAACUGGAUCUGUGAUGAACUAAUGGGAGGAGGUGGACUGCACACAAUGGGCACCUAUAUUAUAGACCUCUUAACUCAUCUAACCAGCAGGAAGGCAGAGAAGGUCCAUGGCUUGCUUAAGACUUUUGUGAAGCAGAACGCAGCUAUCAGUGGAAUCCGUCAUGUCACUAGUGAUGACUUCUGCUUUUUUCAGAUGCUUAUGACUGGAGGUGUCUGUAGCACUGUGACUCUCAACUUUAACAUGCCUGGAUCAUUUGUUCACGAAGUCAUGAUUGUUGGGUCCACAGGUCGCCUUAUAGCUCGUGGGACAGAUUUGUAUGGGCAGAAGAAUACAGCAUUCCAAGAGGAACUACUGCUUACAGAUUCUCUGACCAUCAACACAGGCCUUCUGGACAAGGGGUUUAAAGACAUCCCCUUGCUGUACCUGAAAGGAAUGGUGUACAUGGUGCAAGCAUUGAGACUGUCUUUCCAAGACCAGGAAGACCGUCGGACAUGGGAUCACAAACCAGUCUCCAUGGCAGCCUCUUUUGAAGAUGGCCUCUAUAUGCAAAGUGUAGUAGAUGCCAUUAAAAAAUCCAGCAGGUCUGGGGAGUGGGAAGCUGUGGAAGUGAUGACUGAGGAACCAGAUGCCAAUCAAAACCUUUGUGAGGCACUUCAGAGAAAUAACCUAUAAAAUAUAAACAUUCCUGGUGUCCACUAUGGAAAAUGAGAACAGUUGAAGAUGUCCAGAUGUAGCUAUAGAAGUUUCUCAGUUUUUAGGACAUGUAGGUUCUUAUUUAAUACUUUUGGUUUUUCAUACUUGUGGGUAAAACAUGUCAUGGUCUGAUGAAACUGUUCCUCCCUGGGCAGAUUAUUUUGUUUUUAAACUCGUUUAGAGAGUUUUAAGUGUUUUUGGGUUUUGAUGGGGUUUUUAGUUUGUUUUUUAAAGCUGAAUUUCUGUUUUGGAGAUUGUUAGGAAAACUUGAAUUGCCCUUUGCACUUGCAGUAGCUAAAAUGAAGUGAGGGAUCUUUUGUUGUUGGAUUGUUGGGAGACAGGACACAGUCCCUCUUGCACAUAGUUCAGUUAUUUUUUACAAUUUUAAUCUGAGAGCAAGUAGAGCAAGAUCAGGGAGUAUGUACUGUUCUUGCUCUCACUAAUAGGACUUUCACUGACUUUUUUUUAAGUUUAUUCUUCAGCUUGUAAAACUUUAAUAAAGAAAAGUGUAAUGACAUGGCAAAUCUCUAAACUCGAGUAUUCAGAAGAGGAGAAGGGACAGAGCAAAGUCUGUAAGAUACAGAUCAGGCUUAGUGUUCUGCACACAGUGAGUGUGCUGAAUGUUUCAAAUGAAUUUAAAUUGGGAUCUAAUUACCCCACGGAUUCUCCAUUGACAUUAUUGAUAAAGUCUCUGCAGCGAUCAUUAGACGAGUUGGAACACUAUGAUUAUUUCAGCUGCUGUUCCAUCUGUGUGACUGUUGUUCCUCCAUAGCAAAUACUUAGGAGACUAAUACCUCACGUCAACUUUUUUCCGCAACUUCCCUCCCCCAGACCAAUUGUGAAUUUGUGUUCACUGCCUUGGCAGCAUGUAUGCCAAAUCUACAUCAGUGUUUCCAGUCCUAUGUGAUGUAGUAAAGCCCCCAGUAGCUUACUAGGUGGUGCAUCUGGAUUCCUUAAUAUGCUAUCUAUUUGAUAAUGAGACCGGAAAACAUUAAACCUUCUAGGAACUUGAACUUGGAUGAAAAAGUAGGAAAUAUGCCAUUACUAUACUCUUCUGUGCC